AAUUUUAGAUAUACAGUCUGGACCAUCUGCCGGUAUGAUCGCUGAUAGAAAGUGCAGGCAGGGUAGUUUGUACUUUGUACUUUGGAGCUGAGCUUCCAACUCUGUAAAGGGAAUUGCCUCCUCCGGAGCUUUGACUCAAAAGUCACAAUACAUUCUCCUUGUCCCCUCAAUCCGCACCAAGCUCGCAACCGUCGAUCCUUGCACGCCGCCGCCAGUUUCUCCAGCCUCCGCCACCGCUGCCAUCUCUACAAUCAGUGACCUGCACUCCCAAUGGUCAGCCAUGGCUAAUGGUACUGGAGUAGGAAGCUAAAGGGAGGUUCAAGGAGAAACAUUAUAGCCAGUCACAACUCACAAGGCUGACUAAUUCUUGCUUAUCCAGUCUGAUCGAGCAUAUUAAUUCAGUCUGAGGGGGCAGAACUAACCAAGGAACCAUGGCGCAGUCGGUUGUUAGCACCAUGCUUGGAGGCAUUGGAAAUCUUACGGUUCAGGAGACCAAAUUCUUAUGUGGAGUCACCCUUGAAGUGUCCUUCUUGAAAGAUGAGCUGGUGCGGCUAAAGGCCUACCUCAAAGAUGUUGACGGAAAAUGGAGAUCAGGAAACGCAAGAGUUGCUGCCUUGGUGGGCCAGAUCAGAGGUGCGGCAUAUGAGGCUCAGAAUGUCAUCGAAGCUGCAGAUUACAUAGAGAAGAGAAACAGAGUCAAGAAGGGAUUCCUGGGUGCCAUUUCAAGGUAUGCUCGCUUACCGAGUGACUUGGUUACCCUUCAUAAAGUUGGUGUCGAGAUCCAACGCGUAAAAAGGAAGCUCAAUGAGAUUUUUUCAAGUGCAGAAAAAUUGAAAAUUGAUUUGGAUAAUACUGGUGUAGCUGAGGAUGAGGGUGGGGCAGGAAAAACGACACUUGCAAGGAAAGUAUGCACUUCAUCUAUAGUCAAAGAGCACUUUCACACAAUUGCUUGGGUGACCGUAUCUCAAACAUUCAAGGGCAUUGAAUUAUUAAAGGAUAUCAUGAAACAAAUAACUGGGCAGAAAUAUGAGUGGCUUGAGCAUGAGGUGGGAAAGGAGAUCCAUGAUUUUCUUUUGCGAAAAAAAUACUUGGUAGUUCUUGAUGAUGUGUGGGAAGCAGAUACAUGGGAGCAGUUAAACAGAACUGUUAAAGCCUUUCCUGAUGCAACUAACGGUAGUAGAGUAUUGUUGACCACAAGAAAGGAAAAUGUUGCAAAUCAUGUUGAAAUGCCAACCUAUGUUCAUCCUUUGAAGAAGUUAGAUGAAGAGAAAAGCUGGGAACUUUUCAGUAGUAAAGCUUUACCACCAUACAGAAGAUCUGUCAUACGUGACGUGGACGAGUUUGAAGAACUUGGGAGAAUCCUAGCAAAGAAAUGUGAUGGAUUACCACUUGCAGUUUUGGGGGGUUAUCUAUCAAAAAAUCUAAGUAGGCAAGCAUGGUCCAGCAUACUCUUGGAUUGGCCAUCAACCAAAGAUGGGCGCAUGAUACGAAACAUACUAGCUCGCAGCUCCAAGGACCUGCCAAACCAUUAUUUAAGGUCUUGUUUCCUCUAUCUUGCUAGUUUUCCAGAGGAUUAUGAAAUAUCUGUGCUCGAUCUUAUUAAUCUAUGGAUAGCUGAAAGCUUCAUUCCAUAUACACCAAAUCAUAAGCUAGAAGAAACAGCACACAAGUAUGUGACCGAGUUGGUUCAGAGAAGCUUGGUCCAAAUUGUUGACGAAACCUGGGAACUUGGACGGAUUGAGAGGAUAAGGAUUCAUGACAUCUUGCGUGACUGGUGCAUAGAAGAAGCAAGGAAAGAUGGUUUUCUUGAUGUCAUCGAUCAAACUAAAGGCGGAGCUGGCGCGUCAUCAUUGGAUAAACUUAUAUCUUAUCGUUCUUGAUUCCAAAAUUUGAGUGAUGAGAUUUCACCAGGGAAACCUAAUGUCCGAACUCUACUUUGCUUUACACUCUCAUCAGUGUCCCUUCCUAAGCUGAGAUUCUUGAGAGUUCUUCGCGUCGAAAAAUCCAGACUAGAAGGUUUCUCUAAAGUGAUUGUUGGGUGCAUUCACCUAAGAUACCUCGGGCUAAGACACUGUAGACGUGCGACACUCCCUUCUUCAGUUGGACGACACCUUUACUUGCAGACUAUAGAUCUAAUUGGAACACAAUUGGACUCGGGGGUGCCAAAUUCUCUCUGGAAUAUCCCUAGUCUAAGGCAUGUUUAUCUUUGGAAUUGGUUUUAUCCACGACCACCUGCAAGGCGUAUGUGUCUACAACAUCAGAAUGAGCUACAAACCUUUGAGUUACGUCUUCCAUCGGUUGGCGUGGAAUACCGCUGUCAUGACAUGGUGAUUUUCUUGGGCCACAUGAACCAACUAACAAGACUCUCAAUGCACAUGAAUCCCAUGCCUGCGGAGAUGAUAGACAUAUUUGUAAACAUGCCUCACCUGGUUGAUAUUAUUCUUACCAAAUUAGGUGUGCUGGAUAAGCUGCCUGAUAAGUUCCCACAAAGCCUACAGAGUCUUCGUCUAUCUGCUUAUUUCCUUAAACAAGACCCGAUGUCAAUACUAGAGAAGCUUCCAUGUCUUGUAGUGCUCUGUCUGUGGUGUUAUGAAGGCCAAACCAUGUCCUGCUCUGCCAAAGGGUUUCCUCGCCUUCAAAGCUUGCUACUUGAUAAUUUCUACACUGAGGAGUGGAGGAUGGAGGAUGGGACAAUGCCAAAGCUCUCCCGCCUGCAACUUACGAGGUUCUCGAAGAUGCUGAAGCUUCCUCAAGGAUUGCUGCACCUUCCGUCCCUCAGCUCUCUGGAAUUGGAAAAUACAAGCCAGAUCUCUAAAGAUGACAGCACACUAAAGGAGCUGCGGCGGAUUGGGUGUGAGGUGUUAGUAAACUCGUGCACGUUCGAAACCUAUGAGUUCAAUGUGUAGUUUGCUUUCUGCGGGGUUUUUUUCCGAAGAGAGUUUGCUUUCUGUAGUCCAGCCGUUUCGGCCGUUGAGGGGUGCUUGGAUGAGAAACACAGUGGAGACAUUAGGCAACCUGUCAUGGUCAUCCAGACGAUGCUGUAUUGCCGUGUGUAUGUACUAUUUAUCUAUGUAUGUAUUCUUUUUCUCUUGUCAUGGUCCAUGAACUUUCACCUGACUUGAUUCA